CCACACCACACCACACCACACCACUUUCUUCUUCAAGGCUCUGAGUUUUUAGGGCUCGAAAUCUAGCGCCACAGACAGAAUGGAAAAAAUGGGGUUUCGAUUUAUAGUAUUUGUUCUUGCGAUAUCUUUUCUCUCAACACCCGUGAUUUCAGACUUGAUCCUCUCAAAAGUUGAACGAAAAACUGAUUUGACUUCACAGAUUGUACGGAUCAGUUCGUCUCUAAAGGUAGAGAAUGAAGGUCCAAAUGUGGUGUCAGAGGUUUUAUUGUCAUUUCCUGACUUCCAAGUUAAGAAAAUGGCACAUAUGGUAGUAUCACUAGUUGAAGGCAAAGGAAAAUCAAAAGGCUCUUCUAUCAAUUUACCAGCUCAAGUUAUCCACCCUGAUGGAAUGCCUCCUGCUUUGACGCUUUAUUCAGUGUCUUUGCCCAAGGGUUUGAGUAAAGGGGAAAGCUUAACUCUGGAAGUCUUUGCUGUGUACACCCAUUCUUUGCAGCCAUUCCCGGAGGAGAUUACUCAGGCUGAUAUUCAGCUUGUUGUAUAUCAGGAUAGUGCCUACUUUCUCUCACCUUACAAAGUCAAGUUCCAAUCACUCAAUGUUAAACUGCCUAGUUCCAGAGUUGAAUCAUUUACAAAACUUGAAAAUUCGAAGCUCGUGGAAUCAGAACUUAAAUAUGGUCCAUAUGAGGAUCUUCCUCCAUUUUCAUACUCCCCUGUUGUAGUUCAUUAUGAAAACAAUCGACCCUUUGCUGUUGCUCAAGUGCUGGUGCGAGAGAUAGAAAUUUCUCAUUGGGGUAAUGUACAGGUGACAGAGCAUUACAAAGUUGCACAUGGAGGUGCUCUAAACAAGGGGGGAUUCUCAAGACUUGAUUACCAAGCAAGACCACAAGUAAGAGGAGUAUCAUCGUUUCAGCGCCUUAUUGCUAAAUUGCCACGAGGAGCUCAUUCAAUUUAUUACAGGGAUGAAAUUGGCAAUAUCUCAACCUCACAUGUAUGGGGGGAUUCUAGAAAGACAGUGCUGGAAAUUGAACCUAGGUUCCCUAUUUUUGGCGGUUGGAGAACAGCUUUUACCAUUGGCUAUGGUUUGCCACUCGAAGACUUUUUAUUUGCGUCAGAGGGCAAACGUUUCUUAAAUUUUUCAUAUGGUAGUCCGAUGGAAGAUUUGGUGGUUGAUAAUCUUAUCAUGAAGGUUGUUUUGCCUGAAGGGUCAAAAGAUAUUUCUGUUUCGGUUCCAUUUGGAGUGAAACAACAGGAAGAGGUAAAAUAUUCCAACCUGGAUAUUCUCGGGCGCCCUGUGGUUUUGCUAGAGAAGACUAAUGUUGUGCCAGAGCAUAAUCAGUAUUUUCAGGUGUAUUACAGAUUCAACAACUUAUCAUUACUUAUGGAGCCGUUAAUGUUGAUAUGUGGAUUUCUCUUUCUUUUCAUCACUUGCAUUGCAUAUAUGCAUGCUGAUUUUUCAAUCUCAAAAUCUUCUGCUUCUUAUUUGGCAAAAUUGCAGUUGGAUGAGGUACAAGCAACUAUUCAGCAGUUCCAGAACAUAAUGAACCGCUGUUUAGCAGUGCAUGAUAAGCUGGAUGCAUCAUUACGCGAUCUUUCCAGGACAGGAGAUGUUCAAGCUUGCAAAGCAGUCCGUAAACUUGCCAUCAGUUUGUUGAAGGAUUUAUCAAAAGACAUGAAGCCUUUACUAAUUUUCUUGCAGUCGUCCCCACAAGCAGCUCAGAUUUGGACUAAGGUUGAGGACUUGGUUGGGAAGGAGAAAGAGAUGGAAGAGAAACUGAUGUUGAAACACUCGAUUGUGGUGGAAGGUUACGAGAAGAAGUCUGGGGGACGGGAAAUAGAGAACCGUGUUGCUCCACAUCAGCAAAAGCUAACUUCCCUAAGGCAAGAGGUUGAUGAUCUUCUUGAAAUCAUCGAUGAGUUCUGUUAGAUAGUUAAAAUAGAUAGUGUAAGUUAUUAGAGUUCCAAAAUUUUCUCCACGGAGUGAAAACUUUUAGAAGAUUCAUUACACUGUUGGGAUGUUGGGUUCAGAUUCUUUUUGUUGUAUUUUUUGUUCCAACACUCGUUUUUCUAAUGAAUCAUAUGUGAGAAUAUGAGUGCAAAAUGUGCAAUACAGUAGAAAGAACUUUGUUUA